CCAAUUUCCGAUUCUCCAAAAUCCCUAACCCCCUUUUUCCCAGUUCCCGCCCUCUCUCCACCCAAAUCCAAUCAAAGCCCUUCCCUUUCCGGUGUUUGAAGAGCAGCAAACAUGGGAGAGCGUAAGGUUCUGAACAAGUACUACCCGCCGGACUUCGACCCGUCCAAGCUGCCCCGAGUCCGGCGGCCCAAGAACCAGCAGAUUAAGGUCCGUAUGAUGCUUCCGAUGAGCAUCAGAUGCAACACCUGCGGCAACUACAUCUACAAGGGCACCAAAUUCAACUCGCGGAAAGAAGAUGUCGUCGGCGAGACGUACUUGGGAAUUCAAAUCUUUAGAUUUUACUUCAAGUGCACCAAGUGCUCGGCGGAGCUUGCGAUGAAGACGGACCCGCAGAACUCAGACUAUGUGGUGGAGGCCGGGGCUACACGAAAUUUCGAACCUUGGCGGAAUGAGGAUGAGGAAGUGGAUAAGGAGAAGCAGAAGAGGGAGACCGAAGAAAUGGGAGAUGCCAUGAAAUCUUUGGAGAACAGAACCUUGGAUUCGAAAAGAGAGAUGGAUAUCCUUGCCGCUUUGGAUGAGAUGAAGUCCAUGAAGUCCAGGCAUGCAACUGUGAGUGUGGAUGAGAUGUUGGAGGCUUUGCAACAUACGGUUGCACACAAGGAGAAAAGGCUGGAGGAGGAGGACGAAGCAGUCAUAAAAUCGAUCGUAUUCCAUAACUCAAAAGAUUAUGUUCGAAGGAUUGAUGAUGAUGAUUUAGAUGAUGAUGAAGAUUUAUUACAGCCGUUAAGUGGCAAUGGUGAAACGUCUAAUCAUCUGUCAAAGAAACAAAAGCUUACUCAAGAUAAUAGCAAACCAACAGAUUUGUUGACAAAAACCAGUAUUUCUGAUAGCUCAAGCAGCAGAGGAAAACAGAAUGGUUCAGAAGAUUCUAAAAUCAUUUUUAAGUCUCCAACUGUUAGGCUUUCAGUAGUUAAGAAACCAGUGGUGGCUAAAGUUAACAAUUUGGCGAAAGUGGACGAGAAAGAAGUUGGAGAGGAGUCUAAAAGUUUGACUAAAAAUGAGAAAGAAGAGGACGGCAAGAAUAAGACCGACGGUGGAAGCAACGUAUUACAAUCGCUGUUCCAAAACUACAACAGUGAUGAUAGUGAUGAGUAGUUUGUGAAUGUUUUGUUAUACAAUACUGAAUCGGUGAAUGUCUGUAGACAGAUUUUCCUUCCACAGACCAAAGAUAUUUAAAUCAAAGGCUUCUCUGGUACUGAUUGUUCACAAAAAAGACUCGGUGUAUCAUUAACAUUGUACAUGCUGUUUUAAUCAAACAGUGUCAAGCUUGUUUGCCUUUUGGUAAUUCAUAAUAUAAGGAAAUGUAUGUGAUUGAGAGUAAACCGGUUCUGGCUUUUCAAGUGA